CUUACUAAGGAAUUUUAUGAGACACAAGGUUUCUUAAUCAUGUGACGUGUUACUGAAUAUUUUUUUGUUUUCUUCCAGCAGCAAGCUUCGUUGUGCUGAGGUGCUCGGCGGUUAAUCCAAACCAUUCAAAAGUAACUCGUGGACAAGAUGGAGGAUUAAAAUAAAAAAAGACUCUUAAAAACAACAUUAACCUUGAAGGAGUAAAGGAGAAACACUAAGAACACGCUGUUCUUCCUUUCUUAAUUCUGCUAUUGGCUAUACAUGUGCGUCCUUUCGCAACGCAUAUGGGUGAGAAACUAAAGGGUCUGUGAAGGAAAGGAAGGCAGAGAAGUGAGUGGUGCGUACAACUAAUAUCAUGCAAUGUUACUGCCGUCCGUGGAGACACCAGUAGAAUGCAGAUGUGUGCUCGUAAGUGAUCCUAGUCAAGAGGAAUGAACGGUCGGGAAACGAGUGCAGUGAGACAGUGUUAAUCAUGACACGGGAAAACAGCGAUAUGGUGAAGUGUAGUGCUGAAAAGUGAUCGCUUGUCUAUCACGCACGUCGAGAAUAAUAUUAUCACCAGAUAAGUAGGAAGUGUGGAAAACUGAUAUUUACAUCUUGAUGCAUCCAAAUGAUGUGCAGACAGUGAUGUUAGGGCACGGGAUAUGGGACAUGAAUGUACAGUCCCCUACACUUCCAUGUUUAUCACGUAGCUUUGCCAGUGUGUGAGUUGUCUGCUGUGAACCGCCUGAUUCGACUCGUAUCUGAAACAAAUCCUGUCAGUCCAUCCAUCAUUCUUCUGCUUAUCGUACUGGCUGGGAUGUGAGUCAAAUCUGACGGGACGGUUCACAGCAGGCGAUCCAUACACUAAGCGAUGAACAUUGAAGCGUAUAUGUACUGAGAGGGUGAUAUCUUGAGAAAGUGGAUUGCUCCGUCGUUUAAGGAUGUCUUGUUCUUCCCCCCCCCACCCAUGUGAUUAUACGUCUGGCUGUCACGACAGAAUCUGUUGCCGGUAUAUGAGACGUUCAGAUGGACUCGGGAGGGAUCGUCACCACGGAAAGGGGUACUCAAAUGCUCCAGCAUUGUUAAAAUAUCAACGUGUGAUCCAUCCUGACUUGCCCGCCUCCCUCAUCACUGCCCUGAUGUGUCGUCACCACCCAAGGCAGGUGCCGACCAUACCCACGAGACGGUCACCAUGUGCGAACACCCGCAGCCACACCUCACACCUCGAAUCUCUGCUGGGGCCCUGGCACACCACAGUUCGCUUGGGGAUCAGCCUGAACGGCGCCCACCACUGGCCGGCACCGGCACUUCCGUUUAUUGCCUCCGUCACCGCCUUCUGCAUGCCGCCUAUCCGUGAGGGCGGAUGGGACGUGGUCGCUGCAGGAUUUCUAAGGCACGCCUCGAGGGUUUGUUGACUACUUCAUCAGUACCAACUUUUUCAUUAGUAAGUUUUCCAGAUCUCCGUGCCUCAGAUGUGUCUCAGAUGCUGCUGGUGUUUUUGCAGCCCUGAAGCUAUGCCUUAAACUUACUUCUGCUGGAACCUUAACCUACCUAAUCACAACUAAUUUGAAGAUGUCUCUGGGCCUCAGGUGAUAGAAGGUGGUUGCCCUUUAUGGGAGGUUGUGAUUACUACUUCAAGCUGACAUGUGGAUUGAUUCACUGAUAGAUGGUGCCACAUCAAUGAGGCUAUGGAGCACAAUGCCACCUUGUUGCACCACUCAGUCAUGUAAUUAUGCUCUGAAUGUGAUUGAUCUCCUGUGAUGUCACCAGCAGCUCCACCUUUAUCACCACCUUUGAGGCCUGGGAGCAAUGGCUAGAUCCUGCAGGUGUUAACAGGUGUAUAUAUUUUUACAGAACUAUAGUCACCACAGGCUAAACUGAUCUAGAAGUUAUGUCCCCUAACUCUGUCCUGCCCUGUCCUUCAGUGUGGUAAUUGAUUGGUGCAUGCAUGUUCUUGCCACUUCCCAAAAAUUUUACACUUGAAACAUUUUAAAUCACCUUAACAGUUAGCCUUGCUCUGAUCUGAUUUUCAAAAAUAUCAGUUGGAAAACAAUAUCAAAGUUAUCCUUAUGAAGUCUGUGGAAGCAAAUUAACAGAAGAUUGUACUUAGUGGCAGUUGUAGAAACAUGGCAAAUAUUGACAGUUGUAUUAUAAUGUCUUGUUUAUUUGUUUACACAUUUUUCUGAAGGGUUUAUACAUCUAUUUAUCCUGAUGCCUUGCAUGCUCUAGUAGUGUUCCCAGCAGGCUGUCUAUGAUAGAAGAGCCUCCAUCUCUCCCUCCAAAUUAUUUUUCUUGCUUGCUUAAUUGUUUGGCUUCUAUUAACACAUCUUUCACAUGCUAUGCUUCUUUACUGUGUCCUUUCACCUUCCUCUCUUGUUAGGAUUUAUAAUUUUUAUAAACACUCGUUACUCUCUCACUGUGGUUAUACCAUCUCGGUAUUUUUUUCUCACCCCUCCCAGCGCUGCACAGUUCACUCUGCUUUUUUGCAGAGGCACUCAUACCAUCUCUCUCAUUCACACUCAUUGUUCUCCUCCAUUUUGUCACAGGCCUCUCUCAAAUACCCCAUUUUUAUUUACAGUACAUGAAUUUGAUUGGUGUGAUCCAUACAUAAACAUUGGCUGGAGAAAAUUAUUUCCCUAAUUUGUUUUUAUAUCCAUGGACACUUUUUUCCCUUUAUGAACUCCUGCAAGUGAUCCUAUGAUGUACUUAUUUUUUUUGUAGUGCUUUCUUUCAUACCUCCAUCCAUCUCACCAUGUUUACCUAGCUUUCUCCUUUAUCAGGCAUUGCCCUAUGGGCACUGGUUGCUGAGUCAGUUUCUCUUGCUUCCAAAGCAGUGUUACCAGAUGAGGUAAAGGUGCAAACCCUUCUCUUUUGGACAGAGCCAAUCAGGCUCUGCCCUUACUAGACAGCAUCUACCAGUAGUAUCUUUUCCUUACCACUUGAGAGGUGGUCUGGUUGGGCAGUUAAGGUCGUUCAGUAGGCAGUAAGUGGUUCAUUUGUACUAGUAGAAGAAUGGCUGGACAUGAUGGUAUGCACAGAACACUUUAGAUGUGAGACUGAUAAUUGCAUAGAUAUGAUUUUGUAUUUUGCACCGCCUACCUGGUGAGACAGUGUGCUCAAGCACACUCGUGUUUACUUCAUCAUUUCCUCACUUCUGUUGUCACCUCCAUGCCUGCCACUCACCCUUCCGAGCUUGUGUAUUGGAAUGGGAUAUGGUAAAAGUGUUUGCCUGUCAUGCACUGCCCGAUAGUGUGGACAUGGCUUUACUUAAACUCAUUCACCUCCAUUCUCUUUUGUCUCUUAACUACCUUGCACCUUCCUGCAGCUGGCAUAUUCAACCUGUAAGGUAUAAAGUCUUCCUUUCUCUCAAGAAACCAUCCCCUGUCUAUGUCUCAUAUAUUCAAUAUGGAAGUGAUCCAUCACUUUAAAGCUCCCUUUCAGUAUCUUACUAAUAAGACAUAAUCACCUGCAAACAAACAGUAUCACACUAACUACUUUAGCUUUCAUCUCCAUCACACAGGCACCCAUAGAAGUAUUAAACAUAGAGACUUCAUACAUCUCUGUCUCACUCCAUCUCCUACAGCAAAAUGUCACCAAGCUUUCCCUCCUACCUCUCAGAAACACUUCCAUAAAAAAAAAAAAAAAAAAAAAAAAAAAAAAAAAAAAAAAAUUGCUGUCUUCUUACACUAUUGAUUUUUCAGAGCAUUUGGAAGGACUUCCCUAUUCACAUGAGAGAUGCUACAACUUCAUCCUUUCAUAAAUACUCCUCAGUUAUUUUAAUAUCAGAUCUGAUCUGCACUACUUUUUCCUUUCAUGAAUUGACCUUGUUCCUCUCUGACAUUCUUCUCAGUCACUUUUAUCAGUCUCUUAGUCAAAACUACCUUUUAGUGGCACUAAGCAAACUCAUCCUUGGUUAAUCAUUACACUCGUGUACAACUUUUACAUACAGGUACAGUAACUGCCUUUUUUUUCUGCAUCUAAACUCUUCAUCUGUUUAUAUUUUCCCUUAUUAGUUCCUUCUGAGACUUUGCUCUAUUCAUCCCUGCACUUUAUUCCUUUAGUACUUUUUUUCUUCAUCACAUUUUCCUCAAAUGCUCCUCUCUCCUCUUAUGGUCUCUUUGAUCUUGGCCAUCCUUUGUAUGGUUCCUAUUUCUUACCAGCAGUACCUUUUUGAUAUUAUUAUAGUAUCAUUUUCUAAUCGAUAUUUCAGAAAAUCAGCAAAGGGCUAGGGUAACUGAUAAUUGUCUUGCACAUGAAAAUAAGGGGAAGUUGCAGAAAUUGUGAGGGCAGCAAUCUUGUCCCAACCAAAAGGAGGAAGUGUUGUGGCCCUUCAAUUAGCAUAGCCUGUAGGGACUGCCAUAUAUUUCAGCAGAUAAGAUGACUUUCAGAUAAGACGACCCCCAAAUUUUAGUCAGAAUUUGAUGGUUUUAUUUGAUUACGAUGAUAUAAAACGACAUCCAAACUACCAAACCAUCUCUGGUGAAGUUUGUCAGUGAGCACCAGACAACUGAGACAGUGAUAUAUCAGUACAAUGAAUAAUAUGCCUUGAAUGUAUUACCAGUAAUAAGGUACUACAAAACUAAACCUAAAAUGAAAUACCCAACUGUUGUUUUUGUAUAUUUUCAUGAAAAAGAAUGGAUGGACAAAGAUGCUAUAAAGUUAUAUGUGGUACAGUCCUAAAUAUAAACAAACCCUUGCCUUGUGCUGCCUGGGUGUGUUGGGCUGUCGGUUGUAAUCUUGCUAUAUAUCAUGUUUCUUUUGAUUAGAUACACUGACGUUCUUGAAUUUUUCUCAUUGUAUGAACUUUGUCCCUUUAGAAGACUGCAAGCUGGAGAGAUUUAUCUUAAUCCCAGUUUGUUUUGUUAUUGCUUAGCCAUGAAGACCCUUAUAUAGCUCCUCCUUCAGCUUUGGGAAAAGCUGAGAAAUAUUCAUACAGCCUCCUGCUUUAUCCAUUUGUAUACAGUGCCAGCAGAGGUUUGUAGUUGUACUACAUUAAAUUUUGUUUACACACU